AUUUUAUUAACGCCGUAAUAAAAAAAAUUGGCGCAAACUUAACGGAGCUGCGAGAUGCUUCCUAUGGGCCGUUAUAACGGCCUGUCAUUCGAGCCUCAAUCGCUGAACCCGAACAGUAGGGUUUAGCGUCCGAGAGUGGGAAAGGUUUCUCCUCAUCGUCGCCUCCUCUCGUUGUCGCUCUCCGUGUCACCGUUGAGAUGGACGCCGGCGGGUUGGACUCCGACGGCCGGGGAUUCUCGAGCUCCAGGGAGAUGUGGAGAGAAGAAAUCGGCAUCGGCGAGGCCGAAGGCGGCAGCAAACGCCACGAAUGGUACCGGAAAGGCAUCGCCUACUGGCAAGCCGUGGAAGCUUCUGUGGACGGGGUCUUGGGAGGCUACGGCCAUGUCAACGAGGUCGACGUGAAGGGCAGCGAGGCUUUUCUCAAUACCCUCUUGCCCAAUCGGUUUGGAACGGAAAGGCGGCAUCUUGUAGCUCUUGAUUGUGGUUCUGGCAUUGGGAGGGUCACAAAGAAUCUUCUUCUAAGAUACUUUAAUGAGGUAGAUCUUGUUGAGCCAGUGUCACAUUUUCUGGAGGCUGCUCGUGAAAAUUUAGCUCUUGAUGGGGAUUCUGAAAAAGAUGCUCACAAGGCUGUAAAUUUUUAUUGUGUCCCUCUUCAGGAAUUCACUCCAGAAGCUGGCAGGUAUGAUGUGAUAUGGAUCCAGUGGUGUGUAGGACAGCUUCCAGAUGAUGAUUUUAUCUCAUUUUUUAAGCGAGCAAAGGCUGGCCUCAAACCUAAUGGGCUUUUUGUCGUCAAGGAGAAUAUUGCAAGAAAGGGAUUUGUAUUGGAUAAGGAGGAUCAUAGCAUCACUAGAUCUGAUUUAUACUUUAAAGAGCUUUUCAACCAAUGUGGACUCUAUAUCUACAGCACAAAGGAUCAAAAGGGUUUCCCGGAGGAGAUAUUCCCUGUGAAGAUGUAUGCAUUGGUAACCGAAAAGCCAAAAGUUGCUAGCAAUCGCAGAGCCAAGACGCAGCGACAUAAGCCUGCUGUGAUCAAGUCCUGACACUUAAGAAAAACCAGAAGAGCACAUCUUGUUGGCAGUCAGAGGGAUGUAAAUGGUUGUUUGAAGUCUCAGCUAUCGAACCUGAAGAUUGCUUCAUAUUGAUCCGGUAGGUCGAAGUCCUGUUGAGGUCGCUGUUGAAUUGCUGGUGAGAUAGCAGUCUAGCUAGGAAACUUGGUGAUCUAAUUAAAAAACUAACAGAGUUUUUAUCAUGAACUUGAUCCAACAUUGUGAAGUUUCUGAAGUUAUUCAUUAAGAAGUACUUUCACAUUGGUAUUCUGUUUUUUAGAUUUA